GCAUCGGUCGUCGAGCGAUUCAAUCGCACGUUAAAGAAUAACAUGUGGAAGAUGUUUACGUUCAACGGAACUUACAAGUGGAUCGACGAGCUACCGCGUCUCAUCGCGGAGUACAACGCGCGCAAGCAUCGAACGAUCGGCAUGCGGCCUGUCGACGUUACUCCUGCAAUCGUUAAAAGACUCUUAACCACGGUGUACAGUGCGAUCAAGAUCGCCAGGUUUGACAAAGUUCAAACAACCUAUCUGCUGGAGGACUAUCGCGGAAAAUCUAUCGCUGGAGCGUUCUAUGAGCACGAGUUACAUCGCGUGGCUUACCCGGACACGUAUCUCGUGGAGAAAGUACUGCGCAGGAGGGGAGACGAGGUCUACGUGAAAUGGCUGGGAUUCGAUGGAUCGCACAACUCAUGGAUACACAAGGACAAUGUUAUUUAA